CGUGUAAAAUAAAUUUGAAGUUAAUUUCAAAACAAUAGACACAUGAAAGCGUAACUAAAAGUAUUUCUAUUUGUCUGCAGUUCAUUCUCUAAGGUUGCCCAGUGUUAUGCGCAGGAGCUGGAUUCCACAGGACAGUUGUUGCCAGUCUCAGGGCCUCUGGACUCCCCAAAGUUCCUCCCCCUUCAUCUGGUGCAGAGGGUUGAAAAGGGCUGGUUUAAAUUUAAAAAAGUACAAUACUACCCGACCUCAGUGGACCUGGGCAUGGUGCUAGUGGACGGAGACACCUCAGACAUUGUUCAAAAAGUCAGUCCAGUGGGAACUGGUGAGCUGUCUUCAUGUACUGCUGUGGCUGUGAACACUGAUUUGAAGAUCCCUGUUGUGGAUGCUGGGGCUGAAGCUAGCCACACCCGGACUAGGUCUGUGGAGUCCACAGACUUGGAGAAAGUGGAGGUCUGCCCAGACAGCCUGGUGAAAAAGCUAGAAAACAGCAAGUUCAACAUGAAUCACUGGAAGAUGAAAGCUCUGAGAAACGCUAGCAGGGUGUGUGUGGUCGUUGAGGCUGUCCGAAUUCGGAACAAAAUGAAGCUAAUGAAGGACUCAUCAUCAAAGUUGUCCCUGAUGGUCAAGCCAUCAAAAUUAACUGAGGUGGGGGCAAAGGUGGAGGGACAGAGAAAUCUGAAGUUUGUGUAUGAAGAGGGCACUGUCCUGGCAUGUAAAGCCUAUGAACUCAACAUUUCGCCCAAAGGAGAGUUUCGUUGUGCUUCACCUCCAAGUGAAAGAUACCCUUUUCCUUUUAUUACAGAGGAUGAGGUCACAUUCAAUCGCUCAGGUAGUAAUCUGUUCCUUCUGAGGUUUUGCUCUUGA